CAACCUGAUACUGGAAACACUUGAUUUCUGCUGUUCAUGCUUUGUCAAAGGUAAGGUUGGUCAUAUGCAAUUGUGAAUUGUUUAUUUGAUGUGAAAGAACAGAAAGAUUAUUUCUUGGCAAUAUUUCCUAGUUGGUGAUCUCAUCAGCUAUUUGGAAUAAAAUUUUUGUAACCAGGUCUACAUUCUGAAGUCCCCUCCCCCCUUUUCCCCUGGGGAAUCGCUGAAAAUGCCUGGAAGGAAUUGAAGAGUAAAAAGGAAGAGAAAAUAAAUCAUCUUGGCUUUGAACUUCAUAUGCGUUGCCAGUUUUCCCAUGGACUCCAGUAUUCCCGCAAAUUUUAGGCUUCUAUUAAUGAGUUCUGUCCAAUGUAAACGCUGUCUGAAAAUUAGUAUCAUCCUUCUUCUUCUUGUGGUGAUACUGAUAACUGCUUCUCCUGCAUUUAGACAAGGAGAAGCUCAACGAUCGUACUUCACUGUGGUUCUGGAUUGUGGAAGCACUGGUACACGAGUAAAUGUGUAUGAAUGGCAAAGAAAUAUCACGAGUAAUCAUGACUUGCCUACCUUGUUGCACUCAUUUCCUGAUUUAUCAACCAAGAACCCUCUCCAUAAGGAUGCUUGUCAUUACCACUGCAUGCAAACUGAGCCUGGUCUGGAUAAAUUUGUUCAUAACUCUUCUGGCAUAAGGGCAGCAUUGGAACCAUUGCUUAUCUGGGCAGAGCAGCAAAUACCUUCUGAAAGACACCGUGAUACUUCUCUCUUCCUUUUAGCUACUGCUGGGUUACGAAAUUUGCCAAAUGAGGAUGCUGGCUGGAUCUUGGAGAAUGCAGAAGCUGUUGUAAGGGAGCACCCAUUUGUUUAUAGAAUAAAUUCAAUUAGGGUGUUGAGUGGAAAGGAAGAGGCUUACUAUGGUUGGGUUGCUCUAAACUAUAAAUUGGGGUUCCUGGAGAAGUCUUCGAACACUCCCACAUUAGGAGUCCUUGACUUGGGUGGUUCAUCGUUGCAAGUGGUUGUAGAAAUAGACGAAUCAAGAGAGGAUAAACAUUUCAUUAAAUCAAAAAUUGGGCCAAUUGAGCACGAGAUUUUGGCAUACUCAUUACCGGCGUUUGGUCUGAAUGAUGCAUUUGAUAGAACCAUUGUAAUUCUUAGUGAACAGCAGCUGCUUCCUAGAGAUACCGUUGAUGUAAAAUUUGAACUCAGUCAUCCUUGUCUCAGUUCAGGAUUUAUGCAGAAUUAUACUUGCUAUGGUUGCUUCCGGCCUAAUGCUAGCAGUGAAAAAAAUUAUAGUGGUCUACCAUUGAGAUUGAGUAAUAGUGACAGCUUAGUUUUGGUUACUCUGGUAGGGGAUCCAGAUUGGGAACAAUGCAAGCAACUUGCAAGGGCUGCCACGAUUCAUUCAAGUAGCUCUGAUUGGUUGCAGUUAACAGCAGAUAUGAAUUGCAAAUUGCCUUCCUUUAAUGGUACUGAUUCCAUUAAUUCGACAGCUAGCCAUCUCUCUGUUGCUCGCUUCCACGCUUUAUCUGGAUUUUUUGCAGUCUACAAUGGGCUAAAUUUGAGUCCCAGAGCUAAUUUGUCUAUGAUCUUGGAGAAAGGCCAGGAAUUAUGUUCAAGAUCAUGGGCUGACUUGAAGAGAAUUUCCAAAAACAUAAAUCAUGCUGUACACUACUGUUUCAGGGUACCAUAUUUGGUAUCACUCAUUGAGGAAGCUUUGUGUCUGGGUGAUGCAGAGAUAUUGUUUGGUCCAGGAGAUGUUUCUUGGACAUUAGCAGCUGCACUAAUUGAAGGGAAAUACUUGUUGCCUAGUCAAACAAAACCUUAUGCUGGAAUGUUAAGUCUGAAGGCGGAGGUCAUUUCUUCUCACGCUCUUUACUUUGUGCUUCUUUUAUGCGUUCUGUUUUUUGUUUGUUGUCAAGUUAGGAGGACUACAAACUUGUUACUGCCUAUGCAAGGCAAGAAGGGUUAUGCUGUUGGUGUACCUUCGCCAUCUCAUGUAAAUCAAAAGACAGCCACCAAGAUAGUGCUUGAUUGAGCUAUAUAAAAAGAGUUGGGACAUAUUCUUGUUGUUAGUUCA